AUCAGUUAAUCUUUUUUUUUUACGUUACUCAGAAGUGACGCGGUUAAUCUAGUUAUGCGUACGCUAUUUUGUUGCGUUUUGUCGUCUGCCGUGCGUUCGCUGUGCCAGUGAUGAGUUGGACAUUAACGCCGCGCCUUCUGAUACUGUCCCCGCCGCGUCGGCCCUGGUAGGCAUCGGAAUUCGCGUCAUUUGCGUUACUGCACACGGAGUCACGGAUACGGUAAUUAAUUCAUCCGGACGCGAAAUUUCACUGCAUGUUGCGCUGUGUUGUUUAGCGGCUUUUGUUCUGUGUGUUUUGCGGCAUUGUUUGGUUUGUCCUCAUAGGAAGAGUGGCAUUAGAAAGUGACGAUUGUGCAAGCGAGUGGACGGGUUAACCGGGCCGCCUAGUUUUUGUUUUCAUUUCGGUUCCACCCCAAAAGAAGAAGCGGUUGACGGAGUGCGAUCAGCUAUAGUGAACAAACCCCGAAAAAAGGGUUUCGAUAUUGUCCGGUGAACUGCACGAGCAUACAGGAUGGCGCACCAUCAGGGGCAGGAGGUCGGCGUACAAGAUUUCGUACUGCUGGACUCGGUAACGGAAGAAAAAUUCAUGGAUAACCUCAGGCGAAGGUUUCAGGCCGGCAAAAUCUACACAUACAUCGGUGAGGUUUGCAUCUCGGUGAAUCCGUACCGCGAGAUGAACAUCUACGGUCCGGAGUACGUCAACCGGUACAAGGGGCGGGAGCUGUUUGAAAAUGCGCCCCACAUCUUUGCCAUCGCCGAUGCCGCCUAUCGGGUGUUGAAGCAACGCAACAACGAUACCUGCAUCAUGAUUUCGGGCGAAUCGGGUGCCGGCAAAACCGAGGCCUCCAAAAUAAUUAUGAAGUACAUAGCGGCCGUCACGAACCAGGGCAAGCAGGGCGAGAUUGAACGCGUAAAGAACGUGCUCAUCAAAAGCAAUGCCAUUUUGGAGUGCUUUGGCAAUGCGAAAACGAAUCGCAACGACAACAGCAGCCGCUUCGGCAAAUACAUGGACAUCGAGUUCGACUACAAAGGAGAUCCGGUCGGUGGCAUAAUUACCAACUAUUUGCUGGAAAAGUCCCGCGUCAUUCAGCAGCAGAGCGGUGAACGGAACUUUCAUUGCUUCUAUCAGCUUUUGCGAGGUGCCUCCAACAAUGAGCUUCAACAGUUUAAUCUGGGAAGAGAUCCGGUGGCGUAUCACUACACAAAUCAAGGAAGUACGGAGAUUCUGUCGGAAAAGGGGGACUAUCGCGCGACGACCGGUGGCCUGCAAGCGCUCGGGUUUAGUGCGGACGAAAUUUCCAUGGUGUGGCGCACGGUUGCGGCCAUUCUGCAUUUGGGAAAUAUUGAAUUUCAAAUGCAGGACGAGAAAAUCACAAUUACGAACGGCCAAACGCUGGCAAACGUUGCUCAACUGCUGCAGGUGACUGCGGACGAAAUGCGUACCGCCCUGACGGAGCGCGUGAUUGCGGCGCGGGGAGAAAUUAUGACGAAGAGCCACGACACGAAGCAGGCGGAGUAUGGCCGGGAUGCGUUAGCGAAAGCGAUAUACGAUCGUAUGUUUACCUGGAUCAUCCAGCGCAUCAACAAGGCCAUCGUCGUCCCGGGCAGCAAUACGCAGAAGCGCUACAACCGGGUGAUUGGUGUGCUGGACAUUUACGGGUUCGAAAUCUUCGACCGUAACAGCUUCGAACAGUUUUGCAUCAAUUACUGCAACGAGAAGCUGCAGCAGCUGUUCAUCGAGCUGGUGCUGAAGCAGGAGCAGGAGGAGUACAACCGCGAAGGCAUUGAAUGGACCAAUAUUGAGUAUUUCAAUAAUCAGAUUAUUUGUGCCUUGGUAGAGCAAGCCGACAAGGGUGUCAUCGCGAUCAUGAACGAAGCCUGCCUGAAUGUGGGUAAAAUAACGGACGAAAUGUUGUUGGGUGAUAUGGACAAAAAGCUGUCCCACCAUCCCCACUACAGCAGCCGUCAGCUGAAACCGAUGGACAAGGAGUUGCGCCACAAGGAAGACUUCCGCAUAACGCACUACGCCGGCGACGUCAUCUACUCCAUCAGUGGGUUCAUCGAAAAGAACCGGGACACCCUGUUCCAGGACUUUAAGCGCCUGCUGUACGGUUCGCACGACAAGCUGAUCAGCUCGAUGUGGCCCGAAGGAGCGCAGGACAUUGCGAAAACGACGAAGCGCCCGCUGACCGCCGGAACACUGUUCCAGAAGUCGAUGGCCGAGCUGGUGGCGACCCUGCUGCGCAAGGAACCGCUGUACGUGCGAUGCGUUAAACCGAACGACAUCAAGAGCCCGACCGUGUUCGACGAUGUUCGGGUCGAGCAUCAGGUCCGCUAUCUGGGACUGCUGGAGAACGUGCGGGUACGGCGAGCCGGGUUUGUGCAUCGCCAACGGUACGACAAGUUUUUGCUCCGCUACAAAAUGAUUUCCCAGUACACCUGGCCAAACUUCCGCGGCGGCAACGAUCGGGACGGGGUGAAGGUGCUGAUGAACGAGAAAAACUUUAGCCACGAUGUGCGGUUCGGCAGGACGAAGAUCUUUAUCCGUUCGCCGCAAACGCUGUUUGCGCUCGAGCAGCAACGGAACGACAUGAUACCGCACAUCGUGACGCUGCUGCAGAAGCAGGUGCGCGGCUGGAUCGCACGCCAGAGGUACAAGAAGAUGAAGGCGGCCCUCGUCAUCAUGCGGCAUUAUCGAAAGUACAAGCUGAAGAGCUACGUGCAGGACUUGGCCGUCCGGUUUCGUAAUGCACGCACGCUGCGCGACUACGGCAAGGGCAUACAGUGGCCCCAGCCGCCGCUUGUCGGUCGGCAAGCGGAACGGCACCUGCGGAUGCUGUACGGCCGCUGGCGUGCCGCGAUGAUCCUGCGCAAGUAUCCGCGGGAAGAGUGGCCCCAGCUGAGGCUGCAGAUAAUCGCGGCCAGUGCGUUCCGCAAGCGGCGCAAGUUCUGGGGACACGAUCGCCGUUGGUUGGGCAACUAUUUGUCGAUCGUGGCCGAAAACAGCAACUACUCGUCGUACAAUGCGAGCGUGCGGAACAUCAAGAAUGCGGACCACUUCGAGACGAUCGUGUUUUCGGCGUUUGUGAAAAAGUUUAACAAGUGCAACAAAUCGGCCGACCGUGCGAUCAUCGUGACGGACAGCGCCAUUUACAAGCUGGACGGUGCGAAGAACAAAUUCCGCAACAUGAAGCGAACGGUUCCGAUUCGGGAGAUCACAUCGAUCAGUGUCAGUCCGGGGCGCGAUCAGCUCGCAGUGUUUCAUUCGCACCAUAACAACGACCUGAUCGUGUCGUUGCAAGGCGAGCAUCAGCCGCUGAAGGAGGAUCGCAUCGGAGAGCUGGUGGCACAUGUCGUUAGGCGAUACUUUGCUAUCGCCCAACAAGAGCUGCCAGUGAAUGUGGCAUCCACGUUCCCGCUGCGUCUGGGCAAUAAGUCACGCUCGCUUAGCAUCGAGGCCGCCGUUGGACAGGAUUUGCCGGAGUUUUCGCACGCCGGCACAUUCAUCGUCUUCAAGGUUCCUCCGGCAUACGCCAGCCCGCUAGUAGAGUCGACGGAACCAGCCGCCCCUAACAACACGUUACCACAACGAUACUAGUAGACUGUAAUAGGUAAAACGACAAACAAACUCAGAACAAGCAGAAGUGCCAUUAAUAGCAAAGCGAGAUCAAUCCAGGCAUUUGUCACCAGUAUUGACAAAAAAGCAGCCAACCAAUCCACACGCAUUUCGUGAAAGUGCAUUCCACAUUUGACUUGGCGCGGGUUGAUGGGAACGCGAGUAUGUAACUGAAUGUGAUAAGAGAGAGAGAGAGAGAGAGAACGAGUGAGAGCGAGAGAGCGAGUAUUUUGUGUUACCUUUGUACGAUUUUUAUGUGGAACAUUAACCAGCAUUACGACAAAUCAUAUAUCCAUCCAUACAAUCAACGAGUAGGUCCCCCCCUGCAUAACGACCGUUUGUUGGGAGGGGAAACCAAUUCUUCUUUUGCGGCACCAUCUUAUUACGUAUUUUAUAUAGUUUCCAAUUUUAUCGUUAUGAUAGUUUAGCGUUAAGGAUGUUCUUAAAGAAUGCUUCGGAAGCUAUAAUUCGUUUUCUUUUUCUCGGUUUUGUGUGUGUGUGUGUGUGUGUGUGUGUGCGUGAUUGUACUUACUAGCCGGACAGGAGUAGUCUGCGCACAUACCUGGUCUGUGCAAUGUUUCAUCGCGUCCUUGCGUAAAUGCUGCGAUUUGUGCCUUUAACAAUAUGUCCAUUAGUUGCAACGGCAAUAAAACUUUUAGUAUUAAGCUUUUACGUCCCCAAUGCGGCAAACGCCUGCAUUCGGGGGUUCGACGCUGACUCCAGAUAUGUUUUACAAAAUACAACGCUGAAUAAAGCUUUCAUCAAGAUUUGAA